GCAAGCUCUGGUACCAGGGAAGAGGCCAGUAAGAGUAGCACUGUCAUACGAGUGCUACAGACCAUUCAGCAAGGAUCUUGAGUGUAAGGGACACAGCAGAUCCUGGACAUCGAAUCUAUGACAUAAGGAUGCUGAGAAAACUCUACGCGAGAUCCCAUGGAAAGUGUUUCUGAAGGGCAAAAACACAGGAAAGCUGGCAGGUCUUCAGUAGGAGCAUCCUCCAAGUGCAAGAACUGGUCAUGGAAAGAGAAAAAGGCGCUCUAGGAGGAAGGUUCGGCACAACAAGAUGGCAGCCCCCGCGGGAGGCGUGACGGCGCAACCGGAAGGUCUCUCGCCCCGACCGGAAGCGGUAGCGGGCUGCGGCGGCCAUGGCUGACGAGGAGGAGGAUGCGCCGUUCGAGGAGGACUCCGAGGAAGCCGGCGGCGGACUGGACGGCGGGCAGGGCAAGAGGAAGAGGCUCUUCUCUAAAGAACUAAGAUGCAUGAUGUACGGAUUCGGGGAUGACCAGAACCCUUACACAGAAUCUGUGGACAUUCUUGAGGACCUGGUGAUAGAAUUUAUCACAGAAAUGACACAUAAGGCCAUGUCAAUUGGACGGCAGGGCCGUGUACAGGUUGAGGACAUUGUCUUCUUAAUCCGCAAGGACCCCCGGAAGUUUGCCAGAGUUAAAGACCUUCUGACUAUGAACGAAGAACUGAAACGUGCCAGAAAGGCCUUUGACGAAGCAAAUUAUGGAUCUUGAUGCUGCAUACAGCGGGGGCAUGCUGUGGGCUCCUGUAAGAAGAAAUGUCACAUGUAUUGCUUUCAGGGGUUUAUUUGAGAUGGAGAUCAUUGCUGCUGGGAUAUCUGCCAUCUCUCAGCCUCUUGUGGUAGGCGUUCAAGCAGCCAAGUACCUGAUUGCACGUGUUAAUCCUAACGUGUUUAUACCAUUCUGUGAAUUUGAGAAAAUGAGCUUUAAGGAUUCUUUAAAGGUGAGAAGUCUGCUUGCAGUAGGACUGUUGAAUCGGGCAUCUAGAAGGCCCAUGACAAGUUCUUCUCUACUUUGGUUAUUGCUAGGUAUUCUGUUGACAAGAAACCUGGAAAAUAGAUCUUAGUUAACUGGACAAAGUUUUCAAGCCCAAACUAUUAAAAAUUCUGCUCUGUAUAUAAUCCUUGAAUAAAGCAGCUCAAGUCUGUGCCCACUCUUCAGAGACUAAACUUAUGCUGACCAAUUAACACAGGGCACAUAAAAAAAAUGCUGGCUCUCCUAGCAUCUCAUGAGCUCUGAAGUGCUGUUUCUGUCCUAGUAGACACAGCUCUGCUGUUUUCAACUGUACGUUUAGAGAACUGAAAUUUACCUGUUCCAGAUUUACUUGCACUUAGAGCCCUUCCUUGCCCCUGUUGGGCAGAUGCUUUGCUAUAAAACUGAUUUGACUUCAUUCAAAGAAGUUUUUCAAAUAAAUAACCCCAAGAUCAGGAUCACCAGGUAAUUACAAAUAAGAGCCCGAUGGAAAGCACUAAGCAUGUGAAAUGAUGUUAGAACAAGCAAUAAAUAUAUGCUGGAAUAGCUACA